GGUGACCCCGGGGCAGGUGACAGGGCCCACAGAAGCGGUAGAGGGCUGGGUCGUCUGGACCUGACCCGGACUAGGGAGAGGUGGGAUUCCUUCCUUCUGCGGGUCUUUGAGGAAGGACACACGUUCCAGUACACUGUGGAGAUAGCCAGUGGGGGGGUCCACCAAGAGGGGAGCAGGUUAGUGGGGAUAGAAGUAGGGAGCAGCAAGGAGAUUAUGCAGUUUCUUCUGCACCCCAACGCUCCGCGGGAGUCCUGGGGAGCUGAAAGGGAUUCAUUUCAUCAGGCCACUGGCAGUUUUAAAAGGUCCUGCGGGGUCUAGAAGCUACAUCGCGCUGAUCGCCAUGGCCAUCCAGCAGAGCCCCGCGGGACGCGUGACCCUGUCUGGCAUCUACGACUUCAUCAUGCGCAAGUUCCCCUAUUACCGCGCCAACCAGCGCGCCUGGCAGAACUCCAUCCGCCACAACCUGUCGCUCAACAGCUGCUUCGUUAAGGUUCCACGGACCGAGGGCCACGAUAAGGGCAAAGGCAACUACUGGACGUUCGCGGGCGGUUGCGAGUCCCUCCUGGACCUUUUCGAGAAUGGCAACUUCCGUCGGCGACGCAGGCGACGUGGCCCCAAGCGCGAGGGCCCCCCGGGUCCCCUCGAGCCAACAGAGCGCAGGUCCCCGGGCCCCGACAGCGCACAAGCUCCAGACCGCGGGGCUCAGGCCAGCCCUGCCACACACAGAGACAUCAAAUUCAGCAUCGACUAUAUCCUGUCUUCCCCGGACCCUUUCCCGGCGCUCAGGUCACACUGUCACUCCCAGGAAGCCAGUUCUCUCACAGGAAAACCUGGCUCGGAUUCAGCUCCACUCCAAGAUUCGCUGUGGGACUCACUGAACCUCACCACACAAAGCUGUAAAACCACCAGAGACUCCCUGGAAUCAGGUAGUAUUUUGUUUUUAGUCAUGUGACAAGUGGCUUUGUAGACACCCCCAUUCCAAAGUUAAAGUGCGCUCAGUAACUCACUCAUGAAGCUGGCUAAGGCCUUCCCAGUAAAAAUAAUGAGGUUUAAAACAGCAAAGACAGAUGUUAAUCUGCCCUGUGUCUAUUACUUACCCCAAGGCUUACAAUGAUGUCAAGCAUAAUCAGAAGUGUCCUGUGUUCUCAGAAGAAACAUACCUCCCUGCCUAGGCAUGAGGACACAGGCCUGUCAUCCCAACAUUUAGGAGGCUGGGGCAGGAGGAUUACAAGUUCAAGGCCCACCUGGGCAAUAUCAGUGAGGUCUUGCCUCAAAAUAAAAAGAUAACAAAAAACUUGAAGUGUAAGUGUAAUUUCUAUGCAGGGAAGAGAGGAAGAAAGGAGGGGAAGUGGAGAGGGAAAGGAACUUUAUCCUGGCUCUACUCAGUCCUACCAGUUUCCUUGCGUGCAGGGACCCAGCAGGGAAUGGUACCACCGAACUGCACAGUGCAGUGCUUAAGACCGGAGUGGAGGUGUACUCCAUUUGAAAUGUAAAUGAUUGUAUUACCAUUGAGAUGGGCAGUUUAAAAACCACAAUUAGGCACAGUGAAGCUAUAUACCCACCAUUCCCAUCUUUCACCAUCCUGCUUUUUUUCGCUGCAUUAACUGUUUGCUGUGACUUAAUUUGAACGUUAGCAAUCUCAGUGACUAUUUCCUUGAAUGACAAAGUCACUCCCCAGCCAGACUGACUGUCUCGAUUGAGAAUUACAGUCCUGGCUUGGUUUAGAGACAGGCUUCGGGUAAAGAAAGGUGGGCAGAGGCAGGAUGGAGUCACAGGAGAGAUCUCUUAGGCCUAGCUACCCUUCAACCUGAUGGAGUAAUUGAUCCCUUUGUUUCCACGCCUGUUCCAUAGGGCCCUUACUGGCCUGGGAAAAUAGAAGGGGUUCUGGGGCCCUGCUGUGGGUCUCCUUUAAGGAGUUAGCUUGGCCUCUGUCCUGCUGAACACAGCCUCUGCCUAGAAACUAUUCCCCAGCCCAGUCCAGCAAGAGGAGAGGGAGCCCUCCUGCAAAGCCCUUUCCAAAGAUGCAGCUCCCUGGGCCCUUUGCAACACCCCCUGUGGCUUUCCAGAACUCUGCGGCUGCCAUUGACAUGUCCAGCAUGCCUGUGGGCUCUGCCAUGUUAUGGCCAGGCAUGACAUGGCACCCAGACCUGUGCCUGCUCCUCGCAGGCCCUCUCCUCUGUCCUGGCUUGUCUGUUCUGUCAAGGUCAUCUUUGUGAGUUUGCACGUGCCUAUGCACUUGCACUCGUGUGUGUGUGUGUGUGUGUGUGUGUGUGUGUGUGUACAUGUUCGCUAUUGUUGUGCUCCUGUCUAUGUCCUUGUUUUGUAUAUCCGUCCAUCAGGCAUGCUAAAAGCAUUGAUUCGAGAUUGCUUAUGACACAGAUGGUACACAUCUCAGAGGUGGUUCCGACAGUGUCUGAAGAUACACUUUUUUUCUCUGCUACCAACUGAGCAAAUAAAAGUUGUUUCAUCUUUUGGA